AUGCCUUCGCGAUGCUUACUUCCAUCACGGUCUAAGGAGAAUCCUAUGCUUGAAAUCAACAUUGAUGGUCAUUAUGAGUCCAAAGUUUAUACGUUCGGUUCCACAAUCUCGGGCUUCGUCACAUUGACAGCCCAUAACCAACUCCCUUACCAGUCUCUCCAGAUUGAUCUAAGAGGCAUUACUUCAACAUGUGGCCACGCAUUCCAGUAUGGCACACCAUUCAAGACUCAUGUUUUUCUGCAGCUACAAAUGCCAAUAUCUCCAUCAUCUCUUCCUGUCAACCAGUCAUUUGAGCCAGGACAGUCGUACCACGUUCCUUUUCGAUUCGUGAUUCCCGAGCGACUCUCAUCUACUGCAUGCAAUCACCAGAACAAAGCAGUUAGGGAGCGACACCUACAGCCACCGCCAACUAUGGGUGCUUGGGAUCGUGACGAUCUUGCAGGUGGUUCCGCAAACGUCGGUUACGUGAUCAGAGCACGCCUUGUGUUGGGCAAGAACAAACGAGGGGAAGAACAGUAUCUGGAUCAGAGUCGUUCUGUCAAGGUUAUUCCAGCUCUUCCGGAGCAACCUCCCCUUAAUAUCAGUUCUGAGAACUCCGAGUACUGCUUGUCUCGGAGUAAGACGAUCAGAAAAGGUGUCAUUGGCUCAAAGAUAGGGGUUAUAUGUGUUUCGGCCACUCAACCAGACCCAAUUCUACUCUGUUUAGAUGGACUCAGCGCUUCCUGGUCCCAGAUACCUAUCGAUUUACAAUACAUCCCUAUGUCAACCAGCGCAGAGCCACCCGUGGUACAGAUCAAGUCGGCCACUAUCGAAGCUUUUACGAACUUCUGGCUUGGCAUAGACGGUUACUUACCAGAUCACCAUCAAAAGCCGUCAAAUUCAGUUGCUCCAACAGCACCAUGGUCAAGUUCGCAUGCCAUUGUUCUCCGUGGGAAAGAAACGGUAAACUGGCAGGAAGACCACCAAAUCGUCCCUGAAAAGGAAUCAGAGAGGAGGCCAUCGGAGCCUCUGCACCUUACAAGAGAUUGUGCAAAACCUCACUUCGAAUCACGUUCAGCUUCGUGUGCCUCCCAUUGGGACUGUGGUACAUCUAAGUCUAAAGUGUACAAAGCCUCCAUUUCACAAUCAUUCGAGCUUCCUACCGAGAAGUCUCUGUUCCUUCCUACCUUUUACUCUUGUCUGAUUAGCCGAACCUACCGGAUUCGAGUCACCUUAGCCAUAGGCGCUUAUGGCACUACGAUUUCUCUCGUGAUCCCACUCCAGGUGGCAGUCAAUGGCUGCGACAAUACUCAACGUCAUGAUCAGUUCAACUCCGUAAGUGCAGUAGCCAUCCUUCAGCUCGAAGUAUCAAGUUCUGACAUGAAAAGAUGA